UGACUGACUGUUGUCACCAGCAUCAUCUUCUUCACCAUCACCACCCUCCUCCUCUAUCUGUACUACAACCAACACAAUGGGGCUGUAAUGUCAGCGACGGGCGACAUUGGAGCAUCUUCUCACCAGUACUGAGUCUGUGUAUGGAUUUAAUGAUGAUGAAGAAGAAGAAAUUCAAGUUUAAGGUGGAUUUCGAGCUGGACGAGCUGUCCUCUGUCCCCUUUGUCAACGGUGUCCUCUUCUGUAAAGUCAGGCUGCUGGACGGAGGCUUCUCCGAGGAGUCUUCUCGGGAGCCAGUGCAGGCCAACUGUGUUCGAUGGAGGAAACGGUUCUCUUUCCCCUGCAAGAUGAGUGCCAAUGCAGGGACGGGUGUACUGGACCCUUGUGUGUGCCGUGUGUCUGUCAGAAAGGAGUUGAAAGGUGGGAAGGCAUAUGCAAAGCUCGGUUUUGCAGAUCUGAAUUUAGCAGAGUUUGCCGGCUCAGGGAAUACAACCCGCAGAUGUCUGCUGGAAGGCUACGAUACCAAAAAUACUCGCCAGGAUAACUCCAUUCUCAAGGUCAUCAUCAGUACACAGCUCAUGUCAGGGGAUCCCUGUUUUAAAACGCCUCCCUCCACAGCCACAGUGAUCGGGAUCCAGGGUGAUGGAGAGAGCCUGCUGGAGGAGAGGAGGGGAGGGGACUCACAGAAAGGCUGUUCUGCAGAGAGUCGAGAAGGGAAGUGUCCUGUUGUUUCUGAUGAACUUGGGGGCUGCGGCCACUCCCGAACGUCCAGCUACGCCAGCCAACAGUCCAAACUCUCAGGAUACAGCACAGGUCACUCCCGCUCCUCCAGCAUGUCAGAGUUCAGCCACCGGAGAAACCAUUCAGUGGGCAGCGCCUCAACGGGCAUCGGCAGCAUCCCAGAGCCCAGCGAGGACCGGGACAGAGAGUCCAGACCCUGUCCUGCUCUACCUGAACACCCAGUCCCCACCGCCACCACUAGCAACCAAGCGGGUACACCAGUACGGAGUGCCUCGUCCUGUGAACGACUCAACAGACACCCUAUGAAGCAGGACUCCAUGGAGUCUCAGCUAAAGAGAAUGGAUGACACGCGGGUGGAUGCUGACGAUGUCGUGGAAAAGAUUCUCCAGAGUCAAGACUUUACACCCAGCCUCCUGGACUCCAGUGCUGAAGAGGAAGGCCUGCGUCUGUUUGUUGGCCCUGGGGGAAGCACAGCCCUGGGAAGCCAUCACCUUCCCACCAGGGUUGGUGCUGGAGCGUACGAGCAGGUGGUGAUAAAGCGUUAGACCUGCAGCCUCUCGGAGGUGGACUGACACUGCUUACAUCAAAAAAAACUGGAGGCUGUGUCAAUUUCAAUCUGCAUUCCUAGAGCACACACGUUACCUGAUCAGCACCGUGAACGGUUGACAUUACAACAGUACCCUCCUGUGUUCAUAUCUCCUAUAUGACACUGUAGCUUCUCUGGUAGAUUCUUAAGAGCGAGAGGUAACAGUUAUUAUCUCGGUGUGAAUUAAGAGAAAUGAAACAUUGGCCAGAUUGUUCAAAACAUUAACAUAUAUGUACCAUGACACUGUCCACUCCUCAUUUUCUGGGUGUAGAUUAGCCUCAUCUUUUUGAAUUCAACUCUAUCACCCAGCAUCCAACCAAAUUCAAACUGUUAGGAACUGGAAGAAAAUGAUUAAUCUUUCUCUCUAAUGGAGGACACUGGGACAGGCUCUGUGUGUGCAUCAUCAGAACAAACUGAAACCUACACUGAAGAGGAGUAUGCAAUGCGCUUUCAAUACAUUCCUUUAGUCUCUCAGUGUUUGUUUUAGACUCAAAUAAGAUGUUUUAUUUAAUAUUCGCCUAUAAGCUGCUAAAAAGUUAUAGUUGUUGGCACUCUGACAACUGUUGGUGUUUUGAAGUUGAGAAUAUUUUACUACAUCAGACUUGAGCUAUUUGACGAGUGAACGUGGACUGUGUGUGAAUGUGUCUGCUAUGAGGCAAGACCACUUUUAUUAGUAGUAACCGUUAUCCUGUUAUCUUGGAUGAGAGGAGGGAUGUGACAUGAUCUCUUUUAAGGAAUGCUAUAUUGGUACUUGCAAAGAGAAAAUGGGAGAACGUGACAAUUUGCUUACUUGUAAUCAUAAGAGGUCUUUGUUCUCAUUUGUUUGCAUAGCAUUGUUUUCGAAAUUCCUGCAGUACUAAUCUGCCCUACAAAGGAAAAACACAGUUUACAACAUAUUUGUUUAAAACUGAGGUUUCAAAUCUAACUUUUUGACAUGAACUGACAUCUUGGUAAUCAAGGUUCUUCAACUAACAGAUCUCAGUAACCUCCAUCUUUGCUUUUGACUUUAGUGACAUUCAUUUGCUUUGGUGUGAUUAAGCUACCUUCAAAUCACAUUUUCAAAUGUAUUAAAUUAUAUAUUACAGUAUUGAUUUCACUAUAAAUAUAUUAAUAAUAGAUGCACAACAACAUUUAAUUCCUCUAAUCUAAAGACUAUAAAUCAAAAUAAAGUUUAUUUUCUUAAUCAAACUAGUUUAAAAUGACAAGAAAGCUGAAAGAACACAUUUUAUUAAUACAUACUGUUUUCCCCUCAAAUUCCCUAAAUAUUAUCUAAACGCAGAAUGCAGUAUCUGCUUUUUUUUCUUCUUCUUCUUCUUUGGUAUUAUGUUUGUCCUAUGGAAAUUAUUUUUGGGGGUAAAAUAAUCAGUCAUAAAAUGUAAAAAUGAAGUUACUGCUGUCUGUCUUUGUAGGGCAGUAAAUACUGAAUUUAAAAAGGAGCUUCUAUGCUGAAUAUUACUAUAGAAGGGCAUAUAUCUAAUGCCCAGCGUUUCAGCUAUGUAUCUAUUGUAUACCUAUGCUUUGCAACUCAACUACAUCUUUCUGAGCUGGCCUGUUAACCAAGAAGCUUACAUCAGUGAACAAAUGGAAGACCCUGUGAUGUACUAACAAUGGAAUUAAUGUGUAACUGAUGCAUUAUGUAGUUUGUUUCAUUUAAGGAUUGUAUAGAGAAGGACUAGUUAAGUAAUCCACUGCCAUGAAGAAAAUACUCAACAGCACCUGUUUUUGAAAAGACCCAGAGUAAUAGUGUUGUGUGUGUGUGUGUAUCUAUAACUCCUAACAUCUUAAUUGUAAGAUUUGAGUCUUAAAACCAGUCUAAUUAACCAACACAAUCAAUACAUGAACUAUUAGUAAAUCUAAUCUAACAACAAUAUAAAUGUGAUGAGAGUUUUGAAAUCCUGAUAGUGUCUUGCACGUCAACGAUUUGCAUUUCCAGCCUAAUAGGAGAUACAAGUGCACAAUUUAUUCAGUUUAUUAGCCAAAGUACACAACACACUGUUAUUACCUGGGACCCUGUCAGGCCUAUGCAUAAUGAGAAUAUUAGAAGCAUUAUAACUCGUGAAAACAGACUGUACAGUAUCUGUAAUCUUCUGUCUCCUGUCAUAAGCCAUAGUAGAGGUAGGAUACUUCCUCUUCUAGAUGAACUAUAUAUGUGUUCAUAUAUCAAUAUCUGCACAAGCGUCAUCAUCAGUGUAUGGUGUUUUAACUAUACGUCAGUGUUCUGUUUUUAUGUCUGUGUGUUCUGCAUGACUAAGACGUCCUUUUGUUAGCUUGCAGAACUCAACGCAUCUUCAUGUCUUUCCUAAUUUGAUAUUGUGCCAUCUUUUAAUCUGAAUAAUGCCACAUUGAAGGAACAAUUUAAUUUGCCUCUUUAGCAUGUAGGAAAACAUUUUGUUCUCAUUACUUCCAUGUUAAAAGCAGAUAUUUGCGCAGCGUAUGAUGUAACUGUAAGUCAGUGUUCUCAUUUUGUGUUUUUAUUUUUGGCAUGGUUAAAUGUCCUAUGUUCAAAAUCACAUCUAAAAAGACCAUCUUUGUAUCUUUCAUUGCUGAUAUUGUGCCAUAUUUUUGCUAAAUAUUUUAUUGUAAGAAAAAAAUGUUCUCAUUACAUAGUGAAGACAGUGUUAAGUGUAUGAUUUAUGGCUACCAAAUAUCAACUAUUGGAGUUUUUUUGUGUUAUUUGAAUAUAAAUCAUUUGUUUUACCUGUGUGACACAGGUAUGAUUAUCUUGGUACCUAACAUGUUGUUACAAACAUGGUUUCUUCUCUUCUGUGAAGCUGUUGUCUAUAUAAAACUGUAAAAUGUAUUCUCCUGUAAAGUGAUGUUCUGCGCUGUUCUGACACUGUCCAGUGUUUCCUGUUACAGACUUGUCCUUUCGACCAACAUCUGCUUCCUUAACAAGUGUACUGGAUGCUUCAAAUGUGUACCUUGCACUGUUGAAUAAAACGGUUAAAAAACCUUGA